AUGGGGUCACGGGUCAGGGAGUCACGUGUCGCUGUCAUGGCGGCGGCCAGCGGGGUGCGGAGCCUCGGCUGCUGUGUGCGCGCUUGGAGCCGAGCGGCGGGGCCGGGGCCGGGCCUCUGGGGCCGGAGCGUCGGCCUCUCCCUCCCCACAGCGGCGGGGGGGCCGAGUCCGGCCUCGGAGCGGCCGUCACCGCGGCACAAGGCCUCGCGCUUCCUCCACAGCGGCGGCGGCGGAUCCGGUCAGAGUGAGGACGGAAAGCGGGAUCCGGAGAGUGAGGAUGAUGUAGUGAACAUCACCUUCAUCGACCGCUCGGACCGGAGGAUCCCGGUCAGGGGGAAGGUGGGCGAUAACGUGCUGUAUCUGGCUCAAGACAACGGCAUCGAGUUGGAAGGAGCCUGUGAGGCCUCGCUGGCCUGCUCCACUUGCCACGUGUAUGUGAAUGAAGACUGUUACGAUAAGCUCCCUACGCCGGAUGAAAGGGAGGAUGAUAUGCUGGAUAUGGCGCCGUUACUGCAGAUGACCUCUCGGCUGGGCUGUCAGAUCAUCCUCACGCGAGAGCUGGAGGGCAUGGAGCUACGGCUGCCUAAAGCCACAAGGAACUUUUACGUGGAUGGACAUGUGCCCAAACCUCACUGAGCGCACACACACACUGAGCGCACACACCAGCCUACACUCCCUACAGCCUCGCAGCGCAUUACUUCAGGGGCAGCAUCGCAGACGCAUUUUAUUCCCAUCGCUGUGUUGAUUUAGGCCGCGGCCCGUUUCAUCCCGUGAUUUGGGGGCAAGAUGGCCUGAGAGCUGGAGAAGGUGGGCGAUAACGUGUUGUAUGUGGCUCAAGACAACGGCGUUGAGUUGCGGGUGAUGGGUCCUCGUGUUUGUGGCUUUGCUUUGAUGUGUACGCCGAUGGGCCUGGACACGGAGCCGGCUGGGUGGGGCGGAGCAGGACACAGCCUGAUGUCUGCAAUUCCCUCAUCGCGUCAGACUAGGGCUCGGUCUCUUGCCAGAGUCGCUAAGCUCUCACGGUGCAGGCCGACACUCCAGUGCAGUGUA